AGGGAAGAGAUGGUGAACCCACGGUGCUUCUUAGACAUUAGCAUUGGAGGGGAGCUUGAAGGGAGGAUUGUGGUCGAGUUAUACAGCGAUGUGGUACCUAAAACUGCCGAAAAUUUCAGGGCUCUCUGCACUGGAGAGAAGGGCAUUGGUCUCAACACUGGUGUUCCUCUACAUUACAAGGGCGUCCGUUUUCAUAGGAUUAUUAAAGGUUUUAUGAUACAAUGUGGAGAUACAUCUGCAGGGGAUGGCACUGGAGGAGAAUCUAUUUACGGUUUGAAGUUUGAAGAUGAAAAUUUUGAACUGAAGCAUGAGAGAAAGGGGAUGCUAUCAAUGGCCAAUGCUGGCCCAAACACCAAUGGAUCUCAGUUCUUUAUAACUACUACUCGUACUCCCCAUCUUGAUGGGAAACAUGUUAUAUUUGGAAAGGUUAUUAAAGGCAUGGGAGUGGUUCGUUCAGUUGAGCAUGUUACUACUCGUGAUGGUGAUAAUCCCACUGAUGAUGUUAUCAUUGCGGAUUGUGGGGAAAUUCCUGAAGGGGAAGAUGAUGGGAUUUCUAAUUUUUUUAAAGAUGGUGAUACUUAUCCCGAAUGGCCAGCUGACCUCGAUGAGAAGUCUAAUGAGGUUGCUUGGUGGAUAAAGGCUGUAGAUGCUGCCAAAAAUUUUGGAAAUGUGCACUACAAGAAGCAAGACUACAAGAUGGCUCUUAGGAAGUACCGGAAGGCUUUGCGCUACUUGGAUAUUUGCUGGGAGAAAGAAGACAUUGAUGAAGAGAAGAGUACAUAUUUGAGGAAAACAAAGUCACAGAUAUUCACAAAUAGUUCUGCUUGUAAGUUGAAAUUAGGAGAUUUAAAAGGAGCAUUGCUGGAUACAGACUUUGCAAUGCGUGAUGGGGAGAAUAAUGUGAAAGCUUUGUUUCGCCAAGGGCAGGCAUAUAUGGCACUUAAUGAUGUGGAUGGUGCAGUGGAGAGCUUCAAGAAGGCAUUAGACUUGGAGCCAAAUGAUGGUGGCAUAAAAAAGGAGCUUGCUGCUGCAAAAAAGAAGAUUGCUGACAGACGUGACCUGGAAAGGAAGGCCUAUUCCAAAAUGUUCCAAUAGAGUUCAUGGAGCUCUAUGGCUAUAGACAGGGUGAAGGAAAACCAGCAGAUCCCCUGAUCGCGUACAGAGAUAGACAGCGCAAGCACCAGCCAAUUUUUGUUUGAUAGGUUUACGAGUUUAAAAAUUCAGGACUUGAUUAUUGGCUGAACUGGAUUGCUAUAUGAUGAAAUCAUGUGCAAUCAUUCAACAAUCUUGACAUGUUUGACAUUAAAGUAACAAGCUUAAUUGGUCUCAAAA